AUGCUAAGCAACACAAUUAUAAUUGCCUGUUUAUUGGUGAUAGUAACUACCAUAGCGCUGGUGGCAGUGCAGAAGGUAUCACCCAAGAAAAGAGUCAAACAAAAAAGCUAUCAGCCAUCUAUCCUCAUAACAGGUCCUCAAAAUUCUGGCAAGACCAGCUUGUUUACGUUACUGACCACUGAUUCCGUAAGACCAACCGUUGUGUCUCAGGAACUGUUAUCAGCGGCGAAUUACGACGGUUCUAACGUCACUUUGGUAGACUUUCCAGGUCAUGUGAAGUUGCGCUAUAAACUCUCUGAAUGCUUGAAAACUAGAGCCAAAUUCAUUAAAGGAUUAAUAUUCAUGGUAGAUGCUACUAUUGAUCCUAAGAAAUUAACCACUACUGCUGAAUUCUUGGUCGACAUAUUAUCAAUCACUGAAUCGAGGAGCGAAAAAGGUAUUGAUGUUUUGAUUGCAUGCAACAAAAGCGAAUCGUUCACUGCGAGACCAUCAUCAAAAAUCCAAGAUGCUUUGGAGAAUGAAGUCCAAAAAGUUAUUGAAAGAAGAAGAAAAUCGUUAAAUGAGGUUGAAAGAAAAAUUAAUGAGGAAGAAGAAGAAGAAGCAGAAAAUGUACUAGACGUUUUACAAUCGACCCAUGGGUUCAAGUUCGCAAAUUUGGAGGGAUCUGUUAUUGCAUUUGAGGGAAGUGUUAAUAAGAAAAGGAUAUCCGAAUGGCGCCAAUGGAUAGAUGAAAAACUGUAA